CUCUGCAAUGAACCGGACGCGUCCGCCCACACCCACGUGUGGGGUAAGCUGGCACUGAGCAAGCAGCAUCAGAAAUCCUGAGUGCGUGUGUGUAUGUAUAGACUCUGUGUGUGUGUGUGUGUGUGUGUGUGUAUAGACAGUGCAUGUGUGUGUGGCGUCACAACAGCCACCUGGCACCCUCCCCUCAGCCAGCAGCAUAAAGAGCUGGCGUGUGCCUGAGGGGCACGGGCCCACGUGACUCCCCCUCCCCGCCGACGGUCCCGGGGGGACAGACACUUUGUUCAGGAUGCUGCUGUUGUUCCCAUUGUGAAGUGAAAGCCAAACCCGGCAGUUUCUUUAGUCACCAGCUGGAGCUGAGAGGCUGUGAGCGGCGCGUGGGGCUCCCUCCCCACGGCCUCCAUGCCGCGGGUCUGGCAGCGAGACAGGGAGCCCCAGGAGGCCCUUUCGGGGGGAACCAACGAUGAACGUCCGUCUCCGCUCAGCAUGAGGAUGCGGCAGUGACUGGGGCAUCGCACGCCCGUGGACCCUCUGACGAUGAAUGGGACGGCCAACGUGAACGUGACCGGCCGGAGCCAUUAUGCGUCUGCUAUCCCGGUGCCACGCGCUAUGUCCCAGAGCAAGCUGCCCCCGAGGCAGAGCAGCCUGGGGGCCCCCCCUUCCCAGCGGGCAGCGUCACCACGGCCGGGGAAAGCGCCAGGCUGCGUUAGCGGCCCAGCAGCCAAAGGCUCCAAGCCGAAGAGCCUUUCCAAAGCCCCCGUGGAGGCCGGGCCUGGGCCAGAGACAGCAGAGCCAUCGGAGUGCAAAAGGGCUGACGGGGUGGAGUCUGGCCUCAGCCAGAGCACUAGGACUCCAGGCUGCAGCCCCCGGGGCGGCCCAAAGGCGACGCCUCGAGCGACGGGGGCUCCUAAGAAGGCUCUGGUUCAAGGGACAGAGAGAGAGAAGGCGAGUCUGAAGCCCGGAGAGGCCUAUAGCAACCACGGCACCAAGAAGGGAUCAGGGAAGCCGAGUGGCACUGCCGAGCUGGCCAAGACCCCUCAGCUGCAGGGGAAGAGCCCGUCCCGCUUCAGCCUGUGCAGUGAGUCUGGGCUGUCCGGCACCCCUGAAGGAUCCAGUGCCAAGAGGCCCCAGAGCUGCCCGGUGAAAGGCCAGUGGGUGUCGGAAGCCCUCUGCAAAGGCAGCGGGGUGCCCAAGGCAGCCAGGGGCGAGGACAAGUCCCCAGGGAUCUCGCUGGGCACCAGCAGCCCCAUGCAGAAUAAGGAGCCGGCCAUCAGCUUCUCCUCAGUCCCACAGCAAAGUCACCCGGUCACUGCCACCGUGGCACCCUUCCACUACCGGCUGCAGGGAGACAGGGAGAAAAGUGAAUUCUCCCAGGAGGAGCACACGUGUGAGGAACCGACCAGCCCUGCAGACGGGCCUGAACUGGGCUUCCCAGGCUUGGCCGGCGUGUUAAAUGGUUUCAGCGCAGGCGGGAUGCUUGGCACCAACCUCAAAAGCCUGGAGCUCAGCGGCGAGGGGCCGGAGGAGCUGAAGGGCUAUCGGAAGGGGGCCGAGGGCAAGGGCGGCGGCAUGAUGCCCAAGCGGCCCAAAGCGCCCGGGGCGCACGAGCUGCGGGUCUUCAAGUCGGGCAGCGUGGAGAGCCGGCUGCCGCCCGGCCCCAGCCUGCGCAAGCAGAAGUCCCUCACCAACCUGGCCUUCCUCACCGACGCCGAGAAGAAGAUGCAGCUCUACGAGCCCCGCUGGAGCGACGACAUGGCCAAGGCGGCCAAGGGCGGCGGGCUGAAAGCCAAGGAAGCCCCGCUCAUCUCCAAGAGCCUCUCCAAGUCGGAGCACUCCCUCUUCCAAGCCAGGCUCGCCCCUGGCCUGGCCAAGCCGCCGCUGGCCCCGCUCCCGUCCAGCCUCGGCAAGCCCAGCCGCAUCCCCCGCGGGCCCUACGCCGAGGUGAAGCCCCUGAGCAAGGCGCCCGAGGCCGGCGGGGCGGAGGACAGCAAAUCCGACGACGAGCUCCUCUCCAGCAAAGCCAAGGGCCGGGAGAAGCCGCAGCAGCAGCAGCCGGCGCCGGCGGCCGGCCCGGCGGGGAAGGGGCAGGAGGAGCGAGCCUACCUGAAGGUGGACCCGGAGCUCGUGGUGACGGUGCUGGGGGACCUGGAGCAGCUGCUCUUCAGCCAGAUGCUGGACCCCGAGUCCCAGAGGAAGAGGACAGUGCAGAACGUGUUGGACCUUCGGCAGAAUCUGGAGGAGACCAUGUCCAGCCUGAGAGGCUCCCAGGUAUCUCACAGCUCUUUGGAGAUGACCUGCUACGACAGCGACGAUGCCAACCCCAGGAGCGUGUCCAGCCUGUCCAACCGCUCCUCCCCCCUGUCCUGGCGCUACGGGCAAUCCAGCCCCCGGCUGCAGGCCGGGGACGCUCCCUCAGUGGGUGGGAGUUGCCGGUCGGAAGGUACCCCCAGCUGGUACAUGCACGGCGAACGGGCGCACUAUUCCCACACCAUGCCCAUGCGCAGCCCCAGCAAGCUGAGCCACAUCUCCCGGCUGGAGCUCGUCGAGUCGCUGGACACCGACGACGUGGAUCUGAAGUCCGGGUACAUGAGUGACAGCGACCUGAUGGGGAAGACCCUGACGGAGGACGACGACAUCACCACGGGCUGGGAUGAGAGCAGCUCCAUCAGCAGUGGCCUCAGCGAUGCCUCUGACAACCUCAGCUCAGAAGAGUUCAACGCCAGCUCCUCCCUCAACUCCCUCCCGUCCAGCCCCACGGCUUCCCGGCGGAACUCGGCCAUAGCGCUGCGCACGGACUCGGAGAAGCGCUCGCUGGCCGAGAGUGGGCUGAGCUGGUACAGCGAGGCGGAGGAGAAGGGCCCAAAGAAGCUGGAUUACGACAGCGGCAGCCUCAAGAUGGAGCACGGCGCCUCCAAGUGGCGGCGGGACCGGGCCGAGAGCUGCGACGAGGCCCCUGCCAAGGGGGGGGAGCUGAAGAAGCCCGUCAGCCUGGGCCCGCCUGGGUCCCUGAAGAAGGGCAAGACGCCCCCGGUGGCAGUGACCUCGCCCAUCACCCACACGGCCCAGAGCACCCUCAAAGUGGCAGGCAAACCUGAAGCUAAGGCCACUGACAAGAGCAAGCUGUCUGUGAAGAACGCGGGCCUGCAGCGGUCUUCCUCCGAUGCGGGCCGGGAUCGGAUCGGGGAUGCCAAGAAGCCUCCGUCGGGGCUUGCCCGGCCCUCUACCUCCGGCUCCUUCGGCUACAAGAAGCCACCUCCCGCCACCGGCACAGCUACGGUGAUGCAAGCGGGCGGCUCGGCCACGCUCGGCAAGAUCCAGAAGAGCUCCGGCAUCCCUGUCAAGCCUGUCAACGGGAGGAAAACCAGCUUGGAUGUCUCCAACGCCGGGGAGCCUGGCUUUCUGGCCCCCGGGGCUCGCUCCAACAUCCAGUACCGGAGCCUGCCGCGGCCAGCCAAAUCCAGCUCCAUGAGCGUGACAGGUGGGCGUGGCGGGAACCGGCCUGUGAGCAGCAGCAUCGACCCCAGCCUCCUAAGCACCAAGCAAGGGGGCAUCUCAGUGUCACGGCUCAAGGAGCCCUCCAAGAUUGGCACAAGCCGGAGCACGCCAGCCCCGGUGAACCAGACGGACCGCGAGAAGGAGAAAGCCAAAGCCAAGGCCGUGGCCCUGGACUCCGAGUGCAUUUCGCUGAAGAGCAUUGGCUCCCCCGAAAGCACCCCCAAGGCCCAAGCCAGCCACCCGCCUGCUGCCAAAGUGGCCGAGCUGCCCCCAACGCCGCUCAGGGCGCCCGCCAAGAGCUACGUGAAGCCCCCUUCCCUGGCCAACUUGGACAAGGUCAACUCCAACAGUCUGGACCUGCCCUCCUCCAGCGACCUACCCCAGCCCCACGCCAGCAAGCGGCAGGACCUGCACCCGGCAGCCGGGCACCUCACGCCCUGCUUCGCCCCCAGCCCGGCCCCCAUCCUCAACAUCAACUCGGCCAGCUUCUCCCAGGGCCUGGAGCUCAUGAGCGGCUUCAGCGUCCCCAAGGAGGGCAGGAUGUACCCCAAGCUCUCGGGCCUGCACCGCAGCAUGGAGUCCCUGCAGAUGCCAAUCAGCCUGCCCAGUGCCUUUUCCGGGGGCAGCGCCACCACUCCUGCACCUGCUGCCACCCCUCCUGUCAGCACAGAGGAGGAGACCAGCGAGCAGGGCUGGACUGGCAGCCCCAGAGCUGCACAUCUGGACAGCACCAACCGCGACCGGAACACGCUGCCCAAGAAGGGGCUGAGGUACCAGCUCCAGUCCCAAGAGGAGACCAAGGAGAGGCGCCACUCCCACACGAUCGGCGGGCUCCCGGAAUCGGACGACCCAUCAGAGCUGCCCUCGCCUCCCGCCCUCUCCGUGUCCUUGGCCGGGAAAAGCCCACUCACGAAUAUCGUGAGUCCCACCUCUGCAACCACUCCGCGGAUCACCCGUUCCAACAGCAUCCCCACCCACGACUCCGCCUUCGAGCUCUACAGCACCUCCCAGAUGGGCAGCACCCUCUCCCUGGCAGACAGACCCAAGGGCAUGAUCCGCUCGGGCUCCUUCCGGGACCCCGCAGACGACGUUCACGGAUCAGUGCUGUCCCUGGCCUCCAGCGCCUCCUCCACCUACUCCUCAGCGGAGGAGAGGAUGCAAUCCGAGCAAAUCCGCAAGCUGCGCCGGGAGCUGGAGUCAUCCCAGGAGAAGGUGGCGACCCUGACGUCUCAGCUAUCAGCCAACGCUAACCUGGUGGCGGCCUUCGAGCAGAGCCUGGUGAACAUGACGUCCCGUCUGCGGCAGCUGGCAGAGACUGCGGAAGAGAAGGACACGGAGCUGCUGGACCUGCGGGAGACCAUCGACUUCUUGAAGAAGAAGAACUCGGAGGCCCAAGCCGUGAUCCAAGGAGCUCUGAACGGGACCGACAUCACGCCCAAAGAGCUGCGCAUCAAGAGGCAGAACUCCUCUGACAGCAUCUCCAGCCUCAACAGCAUCACCAGCCACUCCAGCAUCGGCAGUGGCAAGGAUGCCGACGCCAAGAAGAAGAAGAAGAAGAGCUGGCUCCGGAGCUCGUUCAACAAGGCCUUCAGCAUCAAGAAGGGCCCAAAGUCAGCCUCCUCCUACUCAGACAUCGAGGAAAUCGCCACCCCCGACUCCUCAGCCCCGUCCUCUCCCAAGCUGCAGCAUGGCUCCACUGAGACCGCCUCCCCCUCCAUCAAGUCCUCCAACUCCUCCUCCGUGGGCAUCGAUGCCACUGAGCUCUUCCAGGCCAACGAGGAGGAGGAAGAGCCGGAGAAGAAGGAGGUGUCGGAACUGCGCUCGGAGCUGUGGGAGAAGGAGAUGAAACUGACUGACAUCCGGCUGGAGGCUCUGAACUCAGCCCACCAGCUGGACCAGCUCCGUGAGACCAUGCACAACAUGCAGCUGGAGGUGGAUCUCCUGAAGGCCGAGAACGACCGGCUCAAGGUGGUCCCAGGGCCUUCGUCGGUCCCAGGCUCCAUCCCCGGGCACCUCAGGAGCACGUCAGCCUCCUCGUCCCCACGGCGCUCACUGGGCCUCGCCCUCGCUCAAUCCUUCAGCCCCGGCUUGGCAGAUACAGACCUGUCGCCAAUGGACGCCGCGGGGGCCCAGAAGGACGAGGUGACGCUGCGGAUCGUGGUGCGCAUGCCGCCCCAGCACAUCAUCAAAGGGGACUUAAAGCAGCAGGAAUUCUUCCUGGGCUGCAGCAAGGUGAGCGGGAAGGUGGAUUGGAAGACGCUGGAUGAAGCCGUCUGCCAGGUGUUCAAGGACUACGUCACCAAGAUGGACCCCGCCUCCACGCUGGGGCUGAGCACGGAGUCUGUGCACGGCUACAGCAUCAGCCACGUGAAGAGGGUCCUGGACACGGAGCCCCCGGAGCUGCCCCCCUGCCGGAGGGGCGUGACCAGCAUCGCCGUGGUGCUCAAAGGCCUGAAGGAGAAGUGCGUGGACAGCCUGGUGUUCGAGACGCUCAUCCCCAAGCCCAUGAUGCAGCACUACAUCAGCCUCCUGCUCAAGCACCGGCGCCUCAUCCUCUCGGGGCCCAGCGGCACGGGCAAGACCUACCUGACCAACCGGCUGGCCGAGUACCUGGUGGAGCGCUCAGGCCGGGAGGUCACCGAGGGCAUCGUCAACACCUUCAACAUGCACCAGCAGUCGUGCAAGGACCUACAGCUGUACCUCUCCAACCUGGCCAAUCAGAUCGACCGGGAGACGGGCAUCGGGGACGUACCAUUGGUCAUCCUCCUUGAUGACCUCAGCGAGGCUGGCUCCAUCAGCGAGCUUGUCAAUGGAGCACUCACCUGCAAAUACCACAAAUGCCCCUACAUCAUCGGGACGACCAACCAGCCUGUGAAGAUGACCCCAAACCAUGGCCUGCACCUCAGCUUCAGGAUGCUGACGUUCUCCAACAACGUGGAGCCAGCCAAUGGCUUCUUGGUCCGUUACCUGCGCCGGAAGCUGCUUGAGUCAGACAGCGACAUCAACGCCAACAGGGUGGAGCUGCUGCGGGUGCUGGACUGGGUGCCCAAGCUCUGGUACCACCUGCACACCUUCCUGGAGAAGCACAGCACCUCAGACUUCCUCAUUGGCCCCUGCUUCUUCCUGUCCUGUCCCAUCGGGAUUGAGGAUUUCCGGACCUGGUUCAUCGACCUGUGGAAUAACUCCAUCAUCCCCUAUCUGCAGGAGGGGGCGAAGGACGGGAUCAAGGUCCAUGGCCAGAAAGCAGCCUGGGAAGACCCCGUGGAGUGGGUCCGGGACACCCUGCCCUGGCCAUCAGCGCAGCAGGACCAAUCGAAGCUGUACCACCUGCCCCCGCCCAGCGUGGGGCCCCACACCACAGUCUCCCCCCCGGAGGAACGGACUGUCAAAGAUACCACGCCCAGCUCCUUGGACUCCGACCCCCUGAUGGCCAUGUUGCUGAAGCUCCAGGAAGCAGCCAACUACAUCGAGUCUCCGGACCGAGAGACCCUGGUGGAUCCCAACCUGCAGCCAACGCCGUGAGGCCUUACCACACUGGGGAGGGGAGCUCGCCGCCCUCGGCCGCCAGCUGGUUUUGCUUUUCAUUUGGUCUCCUGGGAGUGCGCGGCCGGGGCUGGAAAGCGGCGGGGACAUGAGGCUCUGGCACAUCCCCUUUGGGCAUGGGGGCAGCAGGGCUCGACCCCCAAGAGAGCGCAAGGCACCCGCCUCCCAGCCUGACUCUGGUGGUAGGAGAACCCUGGUUUCUCUUCUUGGUUUUUCUGUCUCUGUCGCAAACUCCUGGGGAUUGGGGGCCGAAUGCAGCCAACACAGACUCCCCGGCACCAACGGGCAGGCACCUGCAUGGGGCGGGGACGCCGCGGGACCCCUCCCAGGGUGCGGCGGGGGGGCAGGGAGGAGCAUGCAGCCCCAGAACAAGAGGAUUUUUUUAUUUUAAUGAAAUAAUCUACGGGGCAAAGAGAAGAACAAACUCCUGAUGAACAUGUCUCAGUCGCGCUGUCAGAGACCCACUGGCUUCUGCUGUCUCCCGUGCCAACCACCCCACAAACUCCAGUGCAAGUGAAGGCCUGGGAGGAGGAGGAGGCGGACUCUCAGCUCUGUCUUUGUACGUCCCUUAUUUAAUCUGCAUGACCAUCAUUUAAACCAGGACUUCCCAACAAA